UUACUGCCAGUGUAGCCCUGUUACGGGCAUCGAGUACAAGUGCAUGCCAACAACAAUGCGCGCAUUGUGCAUUUGUUUUUCGCUUUAAAAUAACUAUAGAAAUUAUAUAAAUCGUGCGUGUACACUAUAUGCAAAGUGGCUGUAAAGUGCAUAUAAAAGGGAGUAAUAAUGUGUGCUACAAGACAACAGUAUUAAUCAGCGAAAAGCAAACAAAAAGUGAAUCAGAACACUCGCACACAUACACAAAGCAAAGCGUAUACUAGCACACACAUACAUACACCUGCAACCCGUAACACCCGCUCGCUCUGAAACCAGAAAUAAGUGCAAGUGAAGCAGCAGAGACGGCCACAAACAGACAGCAGAAGCAAUUGGGGAAAAAUAGCUGCAGCAAAGCAGAAAGAAAGGGAACAAACGUGACAACGAGAAGCAAAAGUGGAAGUGCAGCUCCACCCCCAAUUUGGUACUGCAGCAGCAGCAGCAGCAACAACAGCCACAUUCGAGCCAUGGCGAAGCUCUAUCAACAAUAAAACAACAGCAACAACAACAACAACAACAACAACAACAACGAAGCGCACGCUUCGCUGCCCUCGCGACAGCAUUUCAAGCUUCGUCGGCGCUGCGUUGCGUUUGGAAAUAAUUAGACUCCACUUUAGUAGCAAUUUUCUGGCAGCAGCAACAAGAACAACAAAAAAUCGAAAACAAAAAUUAAUUAAUUCCGUACAUACAAAAUGGAGCUGAAAGUUUGGGUUGAGGGCAUACAGCGUAUUGUUUGUGGUGUAACGGUAAAUACUACCUGUCAGGAUGUCGUUUUUGCCUUGGCUCAUGCCACAGGCAAAGUGGGUCGCUUUACGCUAAUCGAACGCUGGCGUAAUAAUGAGCGACAUCUGGCACCAAAUGAGAAUCCGAUGAAGCUGUUGUUAAAAUGGGGCGAGUAUGCAAAUGAUGUGCAAUUUAUAUUGCAGCGAUCCGAGAACAAGCAACAGCAGCAGCAACUGCCCACACCACAGCAGCAACAACAACAGCAGCAACCACAACAGCAGCAACAACUUCAGCAGCAGCAGCAGCCUAAUAGCAAUUAUGCAGUCAUGACUACUAAAAAGCCGCUUGGCCCCAGCAAUAACAACAACAAUUGUAUUGAGAGCAAAUUGCCGCCGCCGCCCACAUUGCAAAAACAAAAGUCAAGUGUAGAGCUGGGCUAUCGAACAAAAGAGCUGAAAAAAAGUUUUGGCGGCUAUGAUGCCAAACAAUUCGACAACAUUGGCAUAGUUAAAGGCAUACCACAGCAGCAGCACCAACUACAGCAGCAACUUACGCAGCAACAGCAACCACUGCUACUGCCAUCAAGCAAAGCGGUGCCAUUACUGCCUAAGCAUGAGAAAUCGUUGUCGAAUCCAUUAGAGAUGAGUAGUAGUAGUAGCAAUGCGAACGCUUCAAAUGAUUACAGCGAUUUCUUUAAUAAUAAUAACAACAACAAUAGUAAUGGCAACAACAAUAAUAAUCAAAACAUUUACAGUCAGCUGAGCAAAUCCAGCAAUGAACUGCGACGCGCUAGUCCGAAUGAAUAUAACAACAACAAUAGCAACGAGCAUCUAUGCGAUAUUUAUGUCAAUAGCAACAUUAGCAACAACAACAAUAACAACUCUCCAGAGCUGUACAAGCAAACGCCCACAAUUUCGUCAAAUGGUGCUCUAGUGCCGCCGCCUUACCGUGAUCCUCCGCCACCUCGUAACAGUCCCAUGUGCCAGAUGCCACGCUUGCCACCCAGCAGCAGUGCUGCUGAGACCAUAUCAAAUACAUCCUCUACAACAAAUCCAUUCCUCAGCGACUACGAGCCGCACAAUAACAAUAACAACAACAACACCAAUAAUAAUAACAAUGGGAACAAUCAGUGCAUGGAUGAUGGCGAGAGCAUGUUCCAGGCCACGCAAUAUAAUGAUCUAUUGCAGUUAAUCAAGUUUCAGCGCGAGAAAAUUACCGCACAGCAAUUAGAGCUGCAAAAGUUUGAUACGGAAAUAGUUUUUCUGGAGAGCAGAGAGCGAGAUCAUGCGAUUGAAUUAGAAGUUAUUUCAAGAGAAAUAUCCAAGGCGGAUCAAAUAUUUCGUCAAGGUAGCGAACAGUUGCAAACACUACAGUACGUUGAGGAAGAGAACGAGCUGGUCAAACAGCAGGAGAAGACACUAAAGUCAGAAAUCGCUUUGUUACGCUCCAAGCUGGCCAAUUGUGAGACGGAACUGCUGCAGUGCAAGAACAAAAUGCGUUUGCUUAUGGACGACAUUGAGCUGGAGCAGCAACAACAGAGCAACAGACAAACUGUGGAACGUGACUUUCUUAUGGAAAUGAAGCGAAUACAAAGUGAUAUUGAUCAGGCACUUCACAACACAGACACAUCGAAUAAAACGGCUGAUAAUCUCAAAAAAGAGCUGCUCAUGAUUGAGCACGCCAUUGCCGAGAAGAAGCGGCAGGUAGAGCAACUUGUAAACGAAAUGAAAGAAGUGAAUCUGCAAAGUCUGACUGUAACCACCACCGAGGAGAUCAAGCAUCUGCUUGAAGGGCCCAACAAACAAGGCAGUAGUCGUCGCAUAAUAGGAUCACCACGACAGUUGGAGACGGCUGUGCCCACAAGCAAGAACCCUCACGGCGUUUGGGUCUAAGAAACAGCGUAAUAUUUAAAUGCAACGAAAUAUUUUUUUACACUCAAGCAACUUGGGGGAACAAAAGAUGAGGAAAUGCUUUACAUAUCUAGUAUGCAUAGAGCAAGAACUCUAUAUCACAAUAUUUGCAAAAGACACAAAUUUACAACGAUAACGUGCAUAUAUUUUCUUCUUAUAAAAAAAUAAUUAAAUCAAAACAAAAAUACGUUAUGGAUCUCUUCAAGCAAUGUUAAUUGUUACAGAUAUUUAGACACAAUCGCCACAAUAAUAAUUUAUUAGUG